GAAAGUAUACAGCCCAAAACGGCAGACGGAAUUGAACCGCGAUCAACACGCUCAGAUCUCGCGGAUAACUCUACUUUGAGUCUAUUGUUUUCUCAGCCAUAGGGAAGCUUGGGACUAUCGUCUGCUGCUGCUGGGGGCUGCCUGAUAAUGCGGGCUCGACGGCUUCUUUUGAGCCUCAUGAUGCAUUCCCCGGCAGUUCCUGCAGUUCCUGCAGAGCAAGUGUUUCUUAACUUCAGGCAAUAUCGGCCGGCAGAUCAAUUUCACAGCCAGUUCCUGUUCAGUCGUGGAGCCAACGCAAGACGGCCAAAACGAGGACCCAGCCGGGGAACCACAACGGUCAUGAACCCACCGCCACGCCCGCGGAAGGCAAACAAGACAAGUCUGGCCGACGGGAUCAGCCACUCCCAUUGGAGAGUUCAUCACCGUCGCUCUUCUACCAACUGUACGCGAAGCACAAAACACGGACGGCUAUCGACUCGGGGCGCCAAGGUAAUAAAUAGUAUUCGCUCGAAACUCGUUCUGCGGAGCCGAACUCAAUAAUCAUGCCGUUGGGUUUUAGGCUCAUGGUACGUACGUGUCUACG